AAACUGUAGGUGCGACAGCUGCCUUUUUACAAAAGAGUGGUGUUUCUUGUGUAAAUUAAAUGAUACUUAUCUAUUAAUUCAUUGACAAAAGUCCAUACUUAGUGGCGGUGCGAGGUUCCGUUUACAAAUGUAAUCGCAGUACAUGUACAAACUGAGGAAACUAUGGCUUCCUUUUUGAAAUACCUUUUUGCCGGUUUGGUCCGGUAUUGGCUGAUGCACAUAGAUUACUGGCAAACAAUAUCGAACAGAGUGGAAAUAGCUACGCCUCUGAACUCUUGGAAGAGAUUAGUUGAGGGCGUAUACCUUUACGACCAUAAUGUGAACCCUUACGAAGGAGAUGCCUUCCACGAAUCACCCAUAAUGCUCAUUAUCUUCUACUACAUCAUGAAGAAGGCUCCAUUCAUAUUGCCUCUUCUGUUUACGUUACUUGAUCUACUGACGGCGUUUUUGCUGCACAGAAUGUCGAAGGCUUUUGUAAGAAUUUUAAAGGAUUCUCAAGAGAAAAUUAAGGAUGAGAUAGCUGAGGAUUCAAAGUCUAUGCUCCUGAGUAAUUCGCAGCUGGAAGAGGCAUCGGAGUAUGUUCUGUCCGUGUAUUUGUUCAAUCCUUACUCCAUAUUGAACUGUGCUGGUAUGACAACUACAGUUAUACAGAAUUUGUUAGUGGCAGCAGCUUUAUGGAGUGCAUCUGGUGGGCGUAGAGUGUCAGCUUGUGCGUUUGUGGCGCUUGCUACACACCAAGCUCUCUACCCAGUUCUGCUCAUCGUGCCAGUGGCCAUAUUGCUGGCGGAUGUCAAUAAGGGCUGCAACAAGUGCUCCUAUAUCAGGACUUUGCUGGUAUUUGUCCUGUGCUGGGGAUUCCUUAUUUAUAUCUCAGCAUUUAUUAUGAAUGGUUCCUAUCAGUAUGUGUACAACACUUAUGGGUUCAUAUUGACCGUACCAGACUUGAAACCAAACAUUGGUCUGUUCUGGUAUUUCUUUACAGAGAUGUUUGAGCACUUCAGACUGCUGUUUGUGUGUGCGUUCCAAAUCAACGCCCUAGCUCUCUAUGUGAUCCCUCUCACAUUGCGCUUCAAAUCGGAGCCUAUUCUGCUUGCUACAGUUCUGAUUGCUAUCUCAGCCAUAUUCAGAUCUUACCCUUGUGUGGGAGAUGUUGGAUUUUACUUGGCUCUCUUACCUAUGUGGAAACAUCUAUUUACAUUCAUGCAACAGAAGUUCAUAGUUGGCUGUGCAUUCAUCAUUACUUCAGCUCUUGGACCAACAGUGUGGCACCUCUGGAUAUAUUCGGGCUCAGCAAAUGCUAAUUUCUUCUUUGGUGUUACACUCUCUUUUGCAACAGCACAAAUAUUUUUAAUAACGGACUUGCUUUUUGCAUUUAUCAAGAGGGAAUUCACCCUCAAACAUGGCUCAUCAAGAGAGGUUGACGGGAAACCUGCCAAGUUAGUGUUGCGAUAAUACCAAUUGUAUCAUUCCAGUGAUAACUAUGUUUUUCUAAGACAAAAUGUACAACUUUGUUGGU